UUAUUAAAAGAUCCCUAUUAGCUCUAUGAUAUGUAAAUUUAGUAUAUUUCUGCUAGAAAAGGAGAAUAUUUUAUGAUCAGCAAAUCAAGUAGCAUCCAUGAAUACUCUCUCACUUCUAAAAGCUGCUACAUUCUUUACCUUCUUUCUCCUACUUUAUGUUGCUGAUCGCACCUCAGUUGCCAUCUCCAAGCCUCCGUACACACCAACUGACUCUAUCCUCGCAAACUGUGGCUCCUCAGGAAUCACAUUUUCACCCGAUGGCCGGAGCUGGACUAGUGAUCACUUCAACUCUAAAUUCCACCCGAUCGACGCAACAAACGGAAAAUCAGUAGCUGCUACGGCCAGCCGACAAAGCAGCAAUGUCAAUACUGUCCCGUACAUGACUGCUCGCUUAUCUCAAUCGGAGUUCUUUUACUCCUUUCCUGUCUCCGCGGGCCAGAAAUUUAUCAGACUUUACUUCUACUCUUCUUCGUAUUCGUCUGGUUUUGAUCGGUUUCAGGAUUUUUUCGAUGUAAAAUCAGGGCCGUAUACUUUACUCAGGAAUUUCAGUGUCUCCUUUCACGGUGAAUCUCAGAAAACUACAGCUUUUGUUAAAGAAUUUUGCGUAAACGUUGAAGAGAAUCAGAAACUGAAUCUAACUUUCUCUCCUUUGAAUGAUUCGUAUGCUUUCAUUAAUGGGAUAGAGAUUCUGUCUAUGCCAUUGAAUCUUUACUACACGCCACCCGAUCAGCCAUUAGGCCUCAGUUUUGUUGGAGAAACGACGACGUUUUAUGUCAGAAAUGAUACUGCUCUGGAGAAGAUGUACAGAUUUAACGUCGGAGGCAACGGAAUUUCGCCUACGGGCGAUACUGGUAUGUACAGAUUAUGGGAGGACGACACGCCAUUUGUUCAUUGGGAUGGCUCGGCUAAUAGCGAGCCAUCUUUUUCUCUCAAUUAUUCAAGAAUUCAUAACUACACAGCUCCUGAUGAUGUUUACCUGUCUGCUCGGCAAAUGGAUACCGAUCCCACUGACAUGAAUAUCACAUGGGUUUUACCUGUGGAUCACGGAUUCAAGUACCUUGUACGGCUUCAUUUCUGUGAAUUUGCUACUCAGUAUGGGAUUAAAGUGAAUUGGAGGCGAUUCAAUAUAUUUUUAGAUAAUCAGACUGCGAAAUUGGGGUUUGAUGUUCUUGAAGCAAGCGGAGCUUAUUUAACUCCUAUUUAUACUGACUAUGUAAUAACAACAACUGAGAGAAAAACAGAGAUGUUGGUUGCUUCUGGUGAUGAUGAUUACAAGCUUUUCAUAAUGUUAAAGCCUAAUUAUUCGAGUCUUCUUAAUGAUUCUUUCUUGAAUGGGAUGGAAAUUUUCAAGUUAAACGACUCCAAUGGAAAUCUUGGCGGACCUAAUCCUCUAGUGUCUAUCCCUCCUCCACCGCCAGCACCAGUGCCCCCGGUACCGGCGACAAAGUCUAAGUCAAGAACACUAUUCAUGGCUGUUGGUAUAAGUGUAAUUAUUGGUCUGCUGAUAAUAAUUUCUUUGUUCGUUUGGCGAUUAACAAUGCGGAAAUCAUUCAACUCUUCGAAAAGGGAAUCAACAAGGUCUAAAGCUUCUUCGCUGCCGGAAGAGCUCUGCCGUCAUUUUUCACUGUCUGAGAUUAAAGCUGCAACAGAUAAUUUCCAUAAGAACUUGAUCAUCGGAACAGGCGGAUUCGGAAACGUGUACAAAGGCGAGAUUGACGAUGGAACCAUGGUGGUAGCUAUCAAACGUUUGAAUCCAGAGUCCAGACAAGGUACUAAAGAAUUCAGAACAGAGAUUGAGAUGCUCUCUCAGCUCCGCCAUCUCCAUCUCGUGUCUCUGAUAGGAUACUGCCACGAAGAAGGAGAAAUGGUCCUCGUUUAUGAAUACAUGAUCAACGGAACUCUCCAACAGCAUUUAUACGAAACCGACAACGAUCCACUUCCAUGGAAGAAAAGACUCGAAAUAUGCGUCGGAGCGGCCCGUGGAUUUCACUACCUUCACUCUGGUGCAAAGCACACAAUCAUCCACCGAGACAUCAAGACGACCAACAUUCUGUUAGAUGAAAAUUGGGUAGCUAAAGUAUCAGAUUUCGGAUUAUCCAAAAUCGGUGUAAAUGAUUCUGCCGUAAGUACGAUGGUAAAAGGAACAUGGGGCUAUUUAGACCCUGAAUACGCCCGGCGACAUCAAUUAACAGAGAAAUCCGAUGUGUACUCGUUCGGUGUUGUGCUGUUUGAAGUAUUGUGCGCUAGAAAACCACUUAACAAGAAGCUGGUGGAAGAAGAACAAAUGAAUUUAGCCAAUUGGGCAAGAUUAUGCAUCAAAAAUGGGAAUAUUCAUCAAAUAAUCGACCCGUAUCUAAUGGGAAAAAUAUCCCCAGAUUGUUUCAAUAAAUUUGUGGAGACUGCAGAAAGUUGCGUGCGCGACAAUGGAACUGAAAGGCCGUCCAUGCACGAUGUAAUGCAAAAGCUCGAGUUUGCGUUGGAGCUCCAAGAAGCUGCGGAUGCGGCAGAGAAGAAGAAGGGAGACGAUUGUGUUAGUGUGUAUCCUCAUGUGUCAUUCCAUGCGUCUCGAUAUAGCGACAUUGAUGAGUUGGAUUCGAGUUAUAAUCAGAGCGGGAUUAAAGAUGUGGAUACAGAUAGUAGCGGAGUUACAUAUACGAGUCUUGAAUCUGGUUCCAUUAUGUUUAGUCAUGGCUUUUCCAACUCCAACACCUUAAGUUCUUCUGAAACAAAAUAGCAUUUAUUAAAUAGAAACAUAACUUUAAUUUGUAUCAUUUUAACGCUACUUUUUCUCACAAAUAAAAUUAUUCAACUAUUUUAAGUCA